UUCCAUCCUUCGUUUCAUUUCCUUCGGUUCCAUUUCGUUUCGCAGAGUCUGCGAUUUCGUAAUUCGGUUGCGUACAGUGAUCGCUGACGCUCUCUAAUGGCGGGAGGAGUGGUGGUAGACGCGCAGUACCUCAAGGAAGUCGAGAAGGCUCGCCGCGACCUUCGCGCGCUCAUCGCCUACAGGAACUGCGCUCCGAUCAUGCUUCGUUUGGCGUGGCAUGAUGCUGGAACAUACAACGCAGAAACGAAAACUGGAGGAGCUAAUGGCUCGAUCAGGAACGAGCAUGAGCUAGGCCACGGUGCGAAUAGUGGUCUGAAAAUUGCUGUUAAUUUCUGCGAGGAAGUGAAAGCCAAAUAUUCGAAAAUCACGUAUGCGGACCUUUACCAGCUUGCUGGCGUUGUUGCUGUCGAGGUCACUGGAGGCCCUACUAUUGAGUUUGUUCCUGGCAGAAAGGAUUCAUUGGAGUCUCCUGAAGAAGGGCGGCUUCCAGAUGCCAAAAAAGGUGCAUCGCACUUGAAGGACAUCUUUUACCGCAUGGGUCUGUCUGAUAAGGACAUUGUGGCACUGUCUGGAGCUCAUACACUGGGUAGAGCACAUCCAGAAAGGUCAGGCUUUGAAGGCCCUUGGACUAAUGAGCCCUUGAAGUUCGAUAAUUCAUACUUUACUGAACUACUGCAAGGGGAAUCGGAGGGGCUGUUGAAACUUCCCACAGACAAGGCUUUGCUGGACGAUCCUGAGUUCCGCCGCUAUGUUGAACUUUAUGCAAAGGAUGAGGAUGCAUUUUUCAAAGACUACGCAGCAUCACACAAGAAACUAUCAGAGCUAGGAUUCACUCCAUCUUCUAGUGUGAAGGAAGCUGCGAAGACCAGUACUAUAUUGGCACAAAGUGCAGUGGGAGUUGCUGUUACUGCGGCGGUGGUGAUCCUGAGUUACUUAUACGAAGUUCGUAAAAAUGCCAAGUGAAAAUGUUGUCUUUCUAAUAAUAUCAUCAUGAGAAGUCAGCGAAGUAUCUUCGAUUCAGCGAACAUAAUAAUACUUGUUGUAAGCGGGAGUUAAACGUUGCUGUAAUAAGUUCUAAAAUUCUCGACUAGUGCUUAUAAUUGACAUGUUUCCAAAGUUCUUGAUCUCA